CGGUUCGGCCUCUUGGUUUAGUAUUGCGACGUGGCGGACGAGGGAAAGAUGAUGCAAAAAGAACGGUCACGAUUCGGGUUUUAAUUGUCGUCGUAUAGCGAAAUCUGGGCCGUCGAGAUUGAUUAAGCGGACGGCGGAGAUUGUGGCGCAGGUUACAGAGUACCAACUUUUACGUACGGUCCGACGAAAAUUUCUAAUGGAUUCCGAAUAUGUAUUGGCUGAAAAUUGUUGAGUUUUGGAUAACAAUUGCUGUCUAAGAGAAGUUAGAGAUGGAGGGUUCUCUGGACGACUUCUGUAUCGUAAUUUGUGGAGAGUGGAUUUGUUCUUCAAAUGGUGAAUGGAAGUUGGAGAUUAGCAACAAACAUUUCUCGAGGGUUGUUCCUAUUCAUGAGGGAAUCAAACUGGAACAGUUUAACCAAGCCAUUGUGGAAGAGUUUGGUGUGAAAGCGGUCAAACCUUUGCUGAGUUACUCUCUACCCAAUAGAAGUAUGUUGUCAACAAAGGAAAAGACUCCUCCUGUUCUAGUUACUAGUGAGGUAGGCUUGCUGUACUAUAUAAAGGCUCUUAGGGAAAACAGGGGUCUUAACUUGUUUGUUAAGUUUGAAGAAACUACUGAUAGAUAUAAACUUGGGGAAGAUAGAGAGGAUCGAAGAAAAAGUUGUGAAACUCUUGGAGGAAGUUGUAAAAGAAAGAGUGAUUGUAGUUAUGAUACUGGAAGUAGUUCAAAAAAUGGUGAGGCAAUUGGUGGGGAAAUAUCUUCUGCGGGUUCAAAAACUCCUAUCAUUAUGUUGACUCCUGGAGAUGAUGAUUUCUUUGAUGAAUUACUAGAAGUAGAAGCAAAAAUAGGCUGUUCUAGUGGUUUUAAAUCGGCCGCAGUUGAUAAAGACGAAGAAGAAGAAUUCAUUGAUGUUGAAGAUGAGUUCUUUAAUCAAACAGAAACAGAGGAAAAAGAAGAAAAAAGUGAUAUGGUUGAUGAGAGUAUGCCCUGUGGCGGAUAUGAUAAAGAUUUUUGGAGUAAUUUCCUUAAAGAUGUCUAUGCUGGGUCAAAUGCUGAAGAGUUAAUGACUACAGGAGGUGUAGAUGUCAGGUAUCGGUCAAAUCAUAUGGAAGCAGGAAAUCUGACAUCAGAAGGUGCUUUUAAUGGAUCUAAGACACCAGAAGUUGUUAUGUGUACUGGUAGUGGUGUAUUUGACCACGCUGUACUUGUGAAUGGGGGUGGAACAGGGGUAAAACCUGAAUUUAGUCAGAAAUCAGAACAUAUUGAGAAUGAUGGAGGCUCUCAGAGAAAGGGGAAGCCAGUAAGGAAGCUAGAGGAAGUUGAUGAUGAGGAAUUCGAUAUCCCACCUUUGUUUGAGGACAUUGAGUAUGAAGUAGAUAACAUCCCUGAUUUGGAUAUUGAUGAUGAUGGAAAAGGGUUAUACAAGGGGAAAGUGUAUGCAAGCAGAGAAGAUGCACAAAUAGGGAUGGCAAUCUAUGCGAUAAAGAAUAUGUUUCAUUUCAAGCAAACCAGAACCAAGUAUAACUAUUUUGUUCUUAGUUGCUCAGAUGAGAAAUGUGAUUGGAGGAUAUUGUCUACCGUCAUCAGAGGAACAGGGUACUAUGAAAUUAAGAAAUUAUGUCUUCAACACACAUGUUCAGUAGAAACUAGAGGGCAGUACAUGAAGAAGGCAACAUCAAGAGUGAUAGCUUCUGUAUAUAAGGCAAAGUUCAGUGAUCCUACCAAUGGUCCUGUACCAAUGGAUCUUCAACAACUUAUUCUAGAAGAUCUGAGAGUCGAUGCGUCAUACCAUAAGUGUUGGAGAGUUAGGGAAACAGCUAUGGCAGAUAUGAGCGGCACUGACGAAGACUCUUAUUCCAGUUUGGCUGAAUAUUUGCAUCUUUUGAAGGUAACUAAUCCAGGAAGUAUAACACAUAUAGAAACUGAAGAUGAAGAUGAAGGGAAAGAGAGGUUUUUAUAUAUGUUUUUAGCAUUUGGGGCUUCAAUAGCUGGCUUUAAGCAUCUCAGAAAAAUAUUGGUUGUAGAUGGUACACAUUUGAAAGGAAAGUACAAGGGUGUACUACUAACUGCAAGUGGGCAAGAUGCAAACUUCCAAGUAUUUCCACUAGCAUUUGCUGUAGUGGAUAGUGAGAACGAUGAAUCUUGGACAUGGUUCUUUAGCAAGUUGGAGAGGAUAAUUGCUGACAGCAAAAGUCUAACUAUCUUAUCAGACAGACAAUCAUCAAUUAAUGUUGGAAUCAAGAGGAUUUUUCCACUGGCAAAUCAUGGGGCUUGCAUUAUUCACCUCUGUAGGAAUAUCCAAGCUAGGUACAAGAACAAAGGAUUGACACAGUUGGUCAAAAACGCAGGAUAUGAGUUUACAACGUCUAAGUUUAAAGAGCUAUAUGGUCAGAUUAAUGCCCUGAACCAAGACUGCGGCCAUUAUCUACAUCUAAUAGGGAUGGCUCAUUGGAGUAGGGUAUAUUUUCAGGGACAGAGAUACAAUUUGAUGACUAGUAAUAUAGCUGAGACGUUGAACAAGGCUUUGGGCAAGGGGAGAUCUUCCCAUAUUGUGGAAUUGAUCAGAUUUAUUAGGUCUAUGUUAACUCGAUGGUUUAAUGCGCGUCGGAAGAAGUCAGCAGCUCAUACGGGUCCAGUUCCUCCAGAAGUUGACAAGCAAAUAACAAAGUUAAUGUUAUCAUCAAACGCUAGCAAGGUUGCAAGGAUAAACAGCUGGUGCUUUGAGAUUGUUGGGAGGUUAGGUGGAAGACAUGUAGUAGAUCUUGAAAAGAAGCAGUGCACAUGCAAGAGCUUUAGUUGAUGACUGUUUCAAACCUCACUCAUGGGUUGGGACUUACCAAGGAGUAAUCUAC